CUCGGAGGUCGCCUCCAUAUCGAGCACCUUUCUGAGAAGUUUUUCCACGGAGUUCGCACCACAACUGAAAACAGGGAAACUCCUUGCCCUUCCGAGUACAAGUCCCUCCACCAUCUCGCCCAUUUUGCCUGACGCGGAAAGACCCAGCGAGCACCGGCUUCGAGAGGCUUCGUCGGUCUUUGCCAGCGCCCGAUGAUAUAAGCGAGAACAGGCGAAGCGAGGCCGAGCAGAACCGCCAGGACAUAUGGGCCCUUCCUACACGGCUACAAAUACAAGAACACGCGCAAGCACAAGGACGGGCACCUCAGCUUGUUUGUUUGAACCUCAUCCUCUCUCCAUUUCCUCCUCCUCUUUCAUUCAGACAUUGAGUAAACCAUCACUAGUUUAUUGACACACGGAGGAGCUCCAGAACCAUGGCAGACACUCAGGAAGAGGAAGAACGUUACCUAGAAUCACAUCAGGGCACAUCCUCCAAGCUCCUACGCCCAGUCAAUGCCUUUCUCAAAGAAUUGGGCCUCGUGACCCUCUACCACUCUCCGUUCGACACAAAAAUCCUCAUUUUCCAGCGCUUCGUCCGCCUCUUCGCCUACGGCGGCUCAACCUUGAUCCUUGCCUCCUACCUCUCCGACCUAGGCAACCAAGAUGCCCGGAUCGGCUUGUUCAUGACCCUGACCCUAGUCGGCGAUGUGUUUAUUAGUUUCCUACUGACCCUGAUCGCCGACCAAUUGGGGCGGAGGUGGAUUCUGGUCCUGGGAGCCGCAUUGAUGUCGGCAAGCGGCGUGGUGUUUGCCCUGAGUGGGAACUAUUGGAUAUUGCUGGCCGGAGCCAUUCUGGGUGUAAUAAGUCCUGCAGGUAAUGAAAUCGGGCCCUUCCGCGCCAUCGAGGAGUCCACCAUCGCCCAUCUGACCGCCAGUGUCGAUCGCAGCGACAUUUACGCCUGGUACUCUCUCAUCGGAACCGCGGGGACAGCGUUGGGAUUCGUUGGAUGCGGCUGGAUCAUCACGCUGCUGCAACAGAAAAAGCACUACGACUCUAUCCAGGCGUACCGCAUCAUUUUCUUCAUCUACGCCGUCGUCGGGGUGGUCAAGUUGUGCCUGGCCCUUAUGCUGAGUAAGGAUUGCGAGGUUGAUGCUCAGCCAAAGUCCGCCAACGCAACCGAGACGGCGCCCUUGCUGGGCAAUGACCGAGGAGCGCAUAACAAGGACGACGACCUUCAGAAGAAGCGACGAUGGAGGCUCCUCCCUGAUAUCAGCAAAGAGAGCAAAGUUGUCUUGGUGCAGUUGUGUGUUUUGUUCGCCUUUGACAACUUCGCUUCCGGAUUGGCGCCAUUAUCAUGGGUGACCUACUUUUUCAAGCGCAAGUUCGACCUGCCCGAGGGCAAGCUUGGGUCGAUCUUCUCCAUCACAGGCAUCAUCUCUGCGCUGUCCAUGCUCAUGGCGUCCUCCAUUUCCAAGAGGAUAGGGAACGUCAAGACCAUGGUCUUCACCCACCUGCCCUCGGCGAUCUGCCUCGCCCUGAUUCCCAUCCCAUCCACGCUCCAGGGAGCCCUCGUUUUCCUCAUCGGCCGUGCAUGCACACAAGUCAUGGACGUGGCCCCACGCUCUGCGUUCCUCGCGGCCAUUGUUCUCCCCCACGAACGCACCGCCGUCAUGGGAACCAUCAACGUCGUCAAGACGUGUGCGCAGAGCAUGGGCCCCGUCAUCACCGGCGUCCUCGGGACCAAGAACCACUUCUGGGUAGCCUUCGUCGCGGCGGGGUCCUUGAAGGCGACGUAUGAUUUGGGACUGCUGGCCGUGUUUGCAGAGCGGAAGAGCCGCGAAGAGAGAAUAUCGGAACGCGGGGAUGAGGAGCGGCACGGGGCGACGUCGAGCGCCCGAUGAAGAAAAUGUAAUACAGCAUGGCCAUCGUUGCUUUGGGCAAUUGGCUGCUCGGAAAAGUCAAGUAUCUCGUUAGACCAAUGUACACCACAAAAUAGAGCCAGGGACGACGUUUAGGAUUAAGAGGCCGGAAGAAAUUAUGUUGGUCAACUCCGCUAGCGAGAGUUCCAGCCGUCGGAGUAGUGCUCCUGGAGCAGCCGAUGUUCCCUCGCGUUAUGUAAAUGGUAUGUAGUUAUAGAGCAAGGAUAUAAGAAAAGGACGGAGGCAAUGGCAUUUGG